UACCGUAUGCAUACAACGAAUGUGCUAUGCACGUGUUAUAUUUUGUUAUUAACCUAUUACACAGUAGUGCAACAGUCAAAUUGGCAUUUUAUAUUUGAAAAAAUGUAGUAGCGAUGAUUAACGAAGAAAGGAAUAUUUGUUUAGAAAAUUUGAAAAAACUAAGACUGAAAGGUAAAGGUUAUCAGGAUUUUGAGGAGCUGCUAAAUACAUUACAAGUUUAUGCAACAUCGCAAGGACUAGAAAAUGAAGAUAUUAAUUUGUUAGCAGAUAUUAUUAUAAACAGUGACUUAAGUGCUACUAAAGAGGUAGGCUUAAUAAAAUGUCUAGUUCCAAGAUAUAAGGUACCCGAAGAUACUUUCAAAUUAAUUACUACUUGGUGCUUAACAUCCGUGAAUGACUUGCCAAUUUCUGUGUCUAUCGCUAUUACACAAUGGAUAGUUGGUUUAUGGAAUUAUCAAUUAGUAGAUCAAAAAGUUAUAAACAUGUACUAUAAUGUUUUCUUUUAUGUGAUGCUGAAGAAGGACAAACUGGAUAGGCAUAUAGCGCGUAUUAUUUAUGUAUUAACAAAACCAGAUGAUGUAACGCGCAGAGAUGUAUCCAGACUAUUAGUUUUACAAAAGAAGUAUUCAAAACCUCAAGUGCAUAUAACUGCAUUGCUAUCAUUGUUCAAGACCUACAAACCUGAAUUAGUUCCUGAAACAACUCGGUCAGUAAAUAUAGAAAGUGUGUGGAAACCAAUACCAGAAAUUCUGCAAAAAAUGUUUCAAAAUGCUAAGGAUCGUUUAGAAAGUCAAGAAAGAGAAGACAUGCAUCUUCAAUCAUAUGACUGGACAAAAUUUCAGAAAAUGAGAACGAAAAAAACAAUACCAUUGGUACCAUCUGUAAAUUACUUUCAUAUUGGUUCUAGUAUUUUCAAAGAGAAAGAUACAAAAUCCAUCUUUGAUAUUUCUAGCAUAGAAGAAUUAGGAUCAUUGCAUUUCAGCAUGGAAUUGCCAUGUAAUGCCAUAUCUCUUUUAGUUAAUACAGCUGGAUAUCAUCUUUUAACAUUUUCGGAUUUUCAUUAUCAAAGUAGAUUUUCUUACAAUCUCUAUAAUACUUUGAUAAGAGCAUUCAUACUAGAAAACGAGAAAUUUCCCGAUGAAGAAAUCAAUGCAUUACUCGAUAUGACUGCAGAAUUUUCACGUUAUAUGCAGCAGGGUAUACCUGUUGUCAAUCGUUUCCUCGACGAGUACUUCUAUUUCAAUACAGGAGAAUAUCGAUCGAAAUUUCUAAUUUUAUUACAAUGGAUGACAUCAGCAUCUAUUAGCGAUUUACAGGAAAAAAUAUUAAUAUAUGUACAAAAUAUGUAUUACGAAUCGUCGUUGACUGAAAAAUGUGAAAUUAUCAGAACUUUAAAAAUAUUAAUCACAAAUUUGUUUGUUAAUGAAGGAUUUGAAGAAUGCUGUCAAGAGACACCUACGCCAUUUUUAGGACAAAUUCCAAUGAAUAAUCUGAGGGAUGUUGUUCUCAUUUUUACUAAAUUCCUUCAAGAUAUUAUCGUGUCUGGUUUAAAUAUACACUCUUAUCACACUUUAUUACUUUCAGAAGCGUUGUUAUUUUAUAAUCAGAUUUGUACAUUGGAAAAUCGAAGUUCUAUACAGUUCUUCACAGUAGCACCUCCUGCAGUAAUUUAUGGAGGUUUUGUUUCAAAAAGUUGUACGAUUUUAUCAAUGACAUGUAAUUUGUUAUUAAGGUAUCAUGAUAUGGGUUUGCAUUUUAUAGAACAUACACCAGAUGCGUUAUUGGAAAAAAGAAUCGAAACUGUAUCUGUUUAUAUUGAAGAUAUUUUUGGCACAUUAUGGCAUGAUGAGCUAUUCACAAAACAACGUAAAAAGUACUUUUUAAAGAAUCUUCCGUACGAAAUACUAAAAGAGUUCAAACACUGUAAGAUAAAUAACCAUUUAAAUAUUCUUCAUCACUACGCAGUUUUGCCUUAUAAAUAUGCAUUAAAAACUGCAGGACUUGAUAUAUGUACAAAAGAGGAUGCUAUGAAUGUUGCUUUGCAGUAUUUUCCAACCGUGCAUAAAUUUCUUACUACAUUUCAAACUGAAGUAUAAAUAUAUAUAUACAAUAUUAAAAAUAUUGUGGAGGUACAAUAGCUUGCAAAUUUUAUAUCAAAUA